AUGAGAGAUUGUGGACGACAUGCUUGUAAACGUCGCUGCUGUGAUGGGGACUGUCCGCCGUGUGGAGAGAUUUGUGGAAAGAGGCUUCGGUGUAGGAAUCAUAAGUGUCCUGCUCCAUGCCAUCGAGGUGCCUGUGCUCCUUGUCCUGUAAUGUUUACGAUUUCAUGUGCAUGUGGAGAGACACACUUUGAGGUUCCCUGCGGCACUGAGAUGGACCAAAAGCCUCCUAAAUGUCGUAAAUCAUGUGGAAUAUCUCCUUUGUGCAGGCAUGGAUUAGAUUCUAAGCCACAUAAAUGCCAUUAUGGGGCAUGCCCUCCUUGUCGAUUGCUUUGCAAUGAAGAAUAUCCAUGCGGCCAUAACUGCAAAUUAAGGUGUCAUGGCCCUAGACCGCCUCCUAAUCCAGAUUUCACAUUGAGGCCAAAGAAAAAGAAACCAAAUAAUCAGAGUGAAAGUACACCAGGAUCCCCAUGCCCUCCGUGCCCUGAACUUGUUUGGAGGCCAUGCGUUGGCCAACACAUUGGAGCAGAGAGAAUGGUUUGUUUCGAUUAUCUAUUGUGGCUCAAUAACUUUUCCUUUCUCCGUGUUGUGUGGGUAAACUAUUUUGGUUGCUCCUCUUUUCAGAUGAUCUGCUCAGACAUAACCCAAUUUUCCUGUGAAAAUUUGUGUGGGAAUCCUCUUUCUUGUGGCAAUCACUACUGUACAAAAACUUGCCAUGCACUGAACAGCCAGUCUUCAACUUCAUUGGUUCAACAUAAAAGAAGUGAGUCUUGUGAAGAGUGUCAUCUUCCUUGUGAAAAGGUGAUAAAUUGUUUUGAUACCAUUCUAAGAUGCUGUAAACAGGGAACGGCAGCCUGCUUGUCAGCAUUCUUGCCCUCUGCCAUGUCAUCCUGGGGACUGCCCCCUUGCAAAGUUCUUGUGAAACGAUCUUGUCAUUGUGGUUCUAUGGUGCACGUUUUUGAGUGCAUAUAUUACAAUAACUUGUCAGAAAAGGAGCAAAUGGCUGCUCGUUCAUGUGGUGGACCUUGCCAUAGGAAAUUGCCUAAUUGUACACAUUUAUGUCCCAAGACAUGUCAUCCAGGUCAAUGCCCAUCACCUGACAAAUGCACCAAAAAGCUCACUGUUCGUUGUCAAUGCCAAACCUUGAAAAAGGAGAUGCCAUGUCAAGAGGUUCAAGCAGCCCAUCGCAAAGCCGGUUCUGAUCCCAAAGGUAUAUCUAAAAAUCAUUUUGGACUUGGUCUUCUUCUUUGCAAUUCUGGUUGCAAGAGCAAAGCACAGGUCGUGGAUCAGGAAUUGCAUUUGCGUAAAUCCAAAGACUUGGAGGAAAAGGUUCCAGCCACUGAAAAUCAUGCACCAAAGCGCCGAAAACGGCGAGAACGAUUACAGGAAACAAAGAAGACCUCACGACUGCAGAAAAUUACUGUUACAAUGAAGUGGCUUCUUCUAAUAGUCACCCUUGUGGUGACUCUGGUGGCAGCAGCAUAUUUCGGUUACAAAGGUCUCAUGUGGCUCUCUGAUUGGAUGAAUGAAGUUGAAGAGCAACAAAGACAGAGAAAAAGAUACCCACGAAUCUAG